GCCAACUUGACAGGAGAUUCAACACUGAUAUAUGAUAGCUCACUCGAUCAACGGUUUCAACCCACGCCUCGCGGACGCCAUAGGCUCGAUCGCUACCAGUGCCAGCUGCGUUGAGCAAUUCGUCACUGCUGAAUGUACCCCUUCUCCUAUGGCCGUUGAAAUACCGCAUGCACAUGUGAAGACAUGCGGACUGGAUGUUGAUGCAUCCCAGGCUUGCGUGGUGGUGCCACUUUGCAAGAAAUCAUGAAGAUAACCUCAUCCCGCUUGCAAUCUAUCGUCCUGCGCAGAGGCGGGGAGUCUGAUAAAAUGCUGGAAAAUAGCAGAAAUUGAGCGGAAUGAUGAAUGGAUGAGCAGAGAGUGGCUGGGAGGGAGCGAUCGUGAGC